CGCUGCUCCAGCUGCCCUGUCCUAUCUCUUUAAAUGAGACAGAGCUGCUCUGCUCUGCUCUGCGUGUGUGCGCGUGUGCGUGUGUGGAGGAGACGUUACGAGAAAGAGAGGGCCACUCUGUUGUGGAGGAGGACUAGGCGAUCGAAAACACAACAGAGAGGAUCUUUUGGUUCGAUUUUGAGUGCUUUCUUUUUGUUGCAGAGGAGGCUCUGCAUCGCUUUCUCUCUUCCUUUGACUCGUUCUGAUUUUGGACCCGGGGCGCUCCUCUUGUAUCUAUGGGCUCGGCAGGCGCAUCUAUCGCCUCCCGAUAGGACAUAACGGGCAGGGCUGCCUUCUAAUCAUUAUUUAUUUCGCUCUCUCUCUCUCUCUCUCUCUCUCUCUCUCUCUCUCUCUUUGCGCCGCAACGUUGGGAGAAACGCGAUCGAGAGGAAGCGAUAACGGUGCUGAUCAUGGAUUAAUGCCCGAGUGAAUUUCCAUCUGAGAGGUUCCCAAUGUUGAACAUGUCCACCCCCAGCGAGCUGAAGUCAUCCUGCGUGACUCGCAACGGCAUGGUGAAGUUGCCCCCCAGCCAGCCCAAUGGUCUGGGCAGUGCGAGUAUCACCAAGGGGACACCUGCUGCCAAGAACCGUCUGUGCCAGUCCUCCUCGGUACCCUCCAUUCUGCCUCCUCCGCCAUCCUCCCUUCCCUACCACCUCCACCACCACCUGGACAGCCCUGGCAUGCCCAACUCAGCAGCCUCUCUCUUAGGCUCUGACAUGGAGCCUGGAAAGCCUCUGGUGGGCUUGAAGUCGUCCCUUCGUCAGCUUCCCCCUCUCACUCUACCCAAACCCAUGUUGCUGGAGCGCCAGCAAGUCCUGGAUGAGAAGCUGCUCAACCGAUUGCUCUGGUACUUCACCACAGCUGAAAAAUGUGUACUGGCGCAGGUAUGCAAGACAUGGCGCAAGGUGCUGUACCAGCCCAAGUUCUGGGAGGCUGUUACACCCAUCUUGCAUGCCAAGGAGUUAUAUACCCUGCUGCCCAAUGGGGAGAAGGAGUUUGUCAGUCUGCAGGCCUUCGCCCUGCGUGGCUUCCAGUGUUUUUGCCUAGUGGGCGUCUCAGACCUGGACAUUUGUGAGUUCAUCGACAACUACCCGCUGUCCAAGAAAGGUGUUCGCUCAGUCAGUCUCAAGAGGUCCACCAUCACAGAUGCCGGUUUGGAGGUCAUGUUGGAGCAAAUGCAAGGCCUGAUGCACCUCGAACUGUCGGGCUGCAACGACUUCACAGAGGCCGGCCUGUGGUCCAGUCUGAACGCCCGGCUCACUUCCCUCAGUGUCAGCGACUGCAUCAAUGUGGCGGACGACGCCAUCGCUGCUAUUUCACAGCUCCUGCCCAACCUAUCGGAGUUGAGCCUGCAGGCCUACCACGUCACUGACACGGCCAUGGCCUACUUCACAGCCAAGCAGGGCUACACCACCCACACUCUGCGGCUUCACUCCUGCUGGGAAAUCACAAAUCACGGUGUGGUUAACAUGGUGCACAGCCUCCCCAACCUGACUGCCCUUAGCCUCUCCGGCUGCUCCAAGAUCACAGACGAUGGUGUGGAGCUGGUAGCUGAGAACCUGCGUAAGCUCCGCAGCCUGGACCUGUCCUGGUGCCCUCGGAUCACUGACAUGGCCCUGGAGUACAUUGCCUGUGACCUGCAUAAACUGGAAGAACUGGUGUUGGACAGGUGUGUGCGGAUCACAGACACUGGGUUGGGCUACUUGUCCACCAUGUCAUCAUUAAGGAGCCUCUAUCUGCGCUGGUGCUGUCAGGUACAGGAUUUUGGUCUGCAGCAUUUGUUUGGAAUGAGGAGUCUUCGCCUACUGUCUCUUGCAGGCUGCCCCCUGCUGACCACCACCGGCCUGUCAGGCCUCAUCCAGCUGCAGGAGCUGGAGGAGCUGGAGCUGACCAAUUGCCCCGGAGCCACCGCCGAGCUCUUCAAAUAUUACUCGCAGCACCUGCCCCACUGCAUGGUCAUCGAGUAAGACCGCUGAGCCACCCACCCACCGACCGACCGACCGACCGACCGCCAUACUUCUAACCUUCCUCCUCCUUACUCUUCCUCAGUCUUUUUCUCAAAUUGCUAGCUAGGAGACUGAAUGCUCCGACCGUACCACACCCUUCCUCAUCACCUGCCCCCCACCUUCCCCCGCCCGUUUCCCUCCACACCCCAUUGAGUAGUCUGACCCACAGGCGGACAGCGAGGCAGGAAGGCAGACGAUGGUACAUGCCACACCCAGAGGAUUAUGGGAUGGCAUUCAAGCUUCAUUUAAGAAGGAUGCCGGAGGGAAGAGCUUGGUGUGACGUCUUGUCCGACAGCAAGUUCCUUUUUCAGAAUCAACAAAAAUUUUUUUUUUUUGUUUACGGAGGAGAUCUUCUCUAAAGACUUUGAUGAUUUUUUUUUUUUUAGCUGAAUGGAUACUGAAGGGAGUGACAUGCACAUAUCCAGAGGAAUUAGGAAAAGGGACUUUUGUGUUUGAGCUGAUAUAGUGGAACUCAGACAUGCGCUCGUACACUGUAAACACACUCACACACAUACUGUAUAUGGUAAGUGAAGUCCUCAAGACCACGAGUACUGACGUUUCUAUUUCCAUCACUCGGUGUAAUAUAACGCUGUUAUUUUUUUCUCAGAAGGUAUCAAAGGUUCCGUUUUCUCUUGUUUAGAGAGAGACACCAUAUGCCAGCUGGAGAAACAGGACUCAAAGAGAACUAAAGACGUGAAUGACAGGGAUGGAACUUCUCUCUCUCUCUCUCGCUCUCUUUUUCUCCCUCCCUCCCUCUGUGUGUGAAGUGUGUGUCAUGGACUCACAGGUUCCCGUCUUUUUGGGAUACUGCCACCUUUUUUCCAUUUCCGUGUCUUAUCAGGAAUACAAAAAAAAGUGAAGAAAAUUUGAAAAACAGCAGUUUACAUUUUUUUGUGUUGGAGUUGAUUGGCACAUUGUUUCACUCCCCCCAACCCCCCUUCUCUUCUUCAUUUGUUGUACACAUAUUAUUUAUUGUAACAGAUCUGGAGGAUAAGCUGUCGUAAACUGUGAAUGUUGUGUUUUUAAAGGGAAAAUGAGGCGGUGCAACAUAAACAAGCAGCCAGUCAAAUGGAAAGCAGAGUGUGCAGGAGGCAUCCGACUUCAAUGCUGCAGAGUUUCUGCUGAGGAUGAAAUGCGUUUCUCUCAAAUGAUAAUUCGAAAAUAAUCCUGAAUAGAAAACAAUGCGACUGUGGGGCUUAACAUGACAGUGAUGACUUGAUACUUCUGGACUCAAACUAAUGACUAACUUUGUUAGUUAGCUGGGAGAGUUUUGCGAGCAACCUUUCUGUUGGUGAGGUAGUUUUAUCCAAAUUGGGGGGAAACCUCUUCUUCCUCUUCUCUCCAUCUUUUACAUGCUGACAAAAAACAACAACAUGAUGUUUAGUGUUUGAGUUUGAACUCGUGUGGUUCUCCAGCUGCGGAAGCGUUGUGUGAUUGCCUUGGCGAAAGUCAGGUUACUUUAAAGGUAAAAAGGGAGGCUCUGGGAUUUCAGUAUUGAAUAUAUAAGCCGUUUUUACAAUGUCCACUACAGGCCAGGGGACAGAAAGCAACAGGAGCUAAGGGCUCUUGCAAUGUGGCAAUUUUUAAAAGAUGAUUUAGUUUGUGGGAGCUUUACAAAUGUUCCUACAAACCCAGAGUCAGAGAAACUUAUGAAUGGCCUUCUUGAACGUUGAUGUUUUGAAAUCAUGUUUAGCCGAGCUUAGCUCAAUUAGUUGAUGUCAAUGGACUCACGUUGCAGCUCCUUUCAGCCCCCUCGCCCUACAACCCAUGGCUGGUCUCCACACUAAAUGUUUGAACUGUAACUGAAGAUUUACAAUUGUCAUUUACAUUGUAAUGUUCCUAAUAUCACUGCUAACUGAUAGGGAGUUUAUAUGAAACU